AUGUCGGCCCCGCGCGGCGUCACGUCGCAGACGGCGAACGAGGUCGACCGUAGCGCCCAGCGAGAACAACCACCUUUUCUUGCAGACCUUCCUUGGAACGAUCCCGCCGUGACGUACACACCUGCACACUACACGCGUCGAAAUCUGCUGCAGGACCGGCUUUUGCAGAGCAACGAAUAUCAUCGCCGGCGAGUCAGGGCAGUCAUUGAGUUCUCCAGAGACUUGUUGAUGCAGCUUGGACAGAACCAGGACGAUGACGACCUGAUACUAUACAAGAUAUCCAAAGAUCGCCUUCACGACGCAUGGAUUGAUAUCUUCCUUACAACGCCUGACUACUAUCUGCAGAUGGCACCGGCUGAGAUUCAAGAAGUAUACCAUGAGCAGAUUACAUCAAUGUCAAAUGGGGUAAAGAUCAACGAGGAGUAUACCUUGGGUCGACCGAGAAAGCGAAAAGCUUCUGAAACUGAGAACGGGGCUCAAGUACUUCGCACAGCUAAUGCAGUCAACAAUGCAGGAGGACAAGUGUAUGAGUCUGGUAAGCGACCCCACCACGAGAUCUCCGCACUGGCAGAAGGAUCACAGUCUCAGCAUCACUCGUCACUACCCUCUGAGAGUCUACUUUUAGCUUGUUCGUCGCGGGAGCUUGACCGCAUCUUAGACAUGUUCAUGCCAGCUCUGAGCGCUCAAGUUGCUAUCCCCACGCAUGAUCCGAUAGCGUCUGCGCCAGAGCCGGCGCUCAACACGAUGGCGGUCGCACCAGCAGUGGUAGUAGCACCUCCAAGUCAGCCUGUGGUCCCGGUAGCUAUUCCUCCAACGGGCGUAGCCCCCCAGCCUGGCUUAGCAGACCCCAUUGCUGCUUACAUGGCUGGCAACCCCUCCAGGAACACACAAGAUAUCGCCGGUCAGGGAUGUACAGGCAUUGCAAUGUCCCGUGGUCAGAUCCGUGCCUUUUUCGAGAUCCAAGGUAGACCAUUGGCCAGCCUUCCACCCGCGGCCAACUCCCAUCAUCGUCAUGAGCUGAGGGGUGUGGCUCCACCAAAAACGGUUGAUCCUACUUUGAUCAACUGUGUCACGACUGCGCAGGAAAUACUCACUGUAAGUCUACUGCUCCGAUCUGAAGAGCGCUUACUGAUACUUGAUCAGUUUCUUCCAUUUCAGACCGUGAACUACGAGCUAUGGGACCGCAUUCGGAAGUCCUGGGCCCCAAAGGCGAUCGCUGAUUCAAUAGCCUAUGUUCGUCAGCUACGCUCAGGUAAGAGCUUCCACCGGACGACCUUCCACCACUAUCACGAUAACCGACCGGAAGACAUACCAGAGCAUACUUUCACCACGAACGUACCUUCAAACAUGUCACCGAGAGGGAAACUGGACAAGAGUGCCCGCACCUGGCCUCUUCACGACUACUUCCUUUACCAUCUGGGGGACGGAGUAGUGCAUUACCCCGCUGGUCGCAACGCACAGCUCAUGACGCACUGCGUUUGGCAUGUGCGGAAUGUAUCCCAUGACAUGGAUGUCAAGAUGUCGGAGAUCGUUCAGUAUGCAGCGAAGCAUGGCAUAUCCGUUCCCGCCGCUGAUUUGAUUCAGCCGGACACAAACGUGGUGUUGGAAGACACGCCUUCGCCGGCCUUCCUUGCUAUGAUCCACAACAAUUUUGUGAGCAAGUAUGGUAAAAGUUCUGGUGGCAUCUAG